AUGAACAAGAAGUUAUUUGGCUUGAUAAUAGUGGCCGCUUUGACACUAUUCCUACUCACCACCUUUGCAGUAUGGAUGGGUUUGUUGCUAGGUGAGAAAUUAUAUGAACCUAUAGAAACCAGCUAUACAGAAUAUCUUAAUACCACAUGUUUGGUAAAUCAGAUGAAUUUGACCUCCACUAGUUGCUGCUCCAAAUCAUGUUCGCAAUGUAGAGAAUGUGAUCGGUCUUUGUAUCCAUCAUGCUAUAAUACCACCUUUUUGGAUGUUGUAUUUCUUAAUCAGUCAUCUUCUCCUUGUUGUGAUUCUUCUAAAUGUUGUAAGAAUUGUUGUGAAACAUGUAAGAACUGUUGGUGGACAGGAAAAUAUCAACAAUGUUCUAGUUAUGAAUGCAAUUGUAGAUGUUGUUCAUCUGUCAGCUCUAACUUAUGUACCUAUGAAUGUAAUCCAUGCUGGAAAAUUCACAUAACAUUCAGCUAUUCAACAACUCAAAAUGAAACUUUCUCACAGUACGAAUAUUUUACAUGCUCUUCACAAACUUGUGUUGAUGAAAAAACAAGCAAUUAUGCUGUGAAUAACACGGUGGUAUGCUACUACAGUCCAAUUAAUCAAUAUCCAUCACUAUACAGGUCCUACAGUGAGACCACAACCACCAAGGAUACUUACAAGUUUGGAAUUAUGUAUACCUUUGUAGCCUUAUUUAUUAUUUCUUUAGUUGGUUUGAUAAUCACUAUAAUUGUGUUGCUUGUUAAUUGUUUGAGAAAUGUGAGAUAUUCCAAUCCAGUAUUUAAUGCUGGUCAAAAUGAACUACGUUCGAAUGAAUCUACCCAGUAA